UUCCCUUCUCCACCCUCUCAUCUCAUUCAUUCAUUCACACUCUCGCAAACCAAUUUUCACAUUCUUUGUAUUGAGUUACUUGAGCUAGCCGCAACCAUGGAACCAUCCAAAAACUCGCAGAAGCCCUCACAUUUCCAUGACUACCUCCCCGUGAUGGCGAACAAGCUCGGCGGGGACGGCCUCAUCGAUGAGCUCUGCAACGGCUUCAACCUGCUCAAGGACUCCGACAGAGGGGUGAUAACCUUUGAGAGCCUCAAGAGGAACGCUGCUCUGCUGGGCCUGCAAGGACUCGGCGAUGAGGACCUUCGGUCGAUGCUCGGGCAGGGUGAUUUCGACGGCGAUGGCGCGCUGAGCCAGCUGGAGUUCUGUGUUUUGAUGUUCAGGCUCAGCCCUGAGCUCAUGGAGGGGUCCAAGUUGUGGCUGGAGGAGGUGCUUCAGCAGGAACUUGAACAUUGAUUUUUCUAGUUUUUGUUAUUUCUUUGUGGUUCUCUUCCUCGUUGGAUGGUCUGGUUUGGAUGUUGAAUUGUCAUAUAUGUAUUUGAUUUGUGAUGAGAAACCGUGGAAGAGAGAUUUUUUAUUUGCUUACUCCCUGUAUAUUACUCAGUUCCAUUAUUAUUUAGAGUUUUCUUUAUAAAUAGGUUUUUACGUUGUGAA